AUGACGGCAUGGGCGAUGCGCUUCGUCUACAACUGCAGCGAAGCACCGAGGCUGACAGGUCAGCUAACGGCUGAAGAGAUGUCAGCGGCUGCAACGUAUUGGAUCAGAACGAUCCAAGCGUCAAGCUUUGCACAUGAUCAAGAAAGGUUACGUAAGGGCAUGUCCCUGAAGCGAUCGAGCUUGCUGUACCAGUAUCCACCAUACCUAGACGAGAACGGGAUAAUGAGGCUCACCGGCAGGCUUCAGAAAUCAAGAUCGGCGUACGAAGAGAAGCACCCGGCCAUCCUACCAAGUGACUCUUACUACACGGUGCUAAUUGUGUGGCAAGCACACAGGACAGUCCUGCACGCAGGGACACACGAUACCUUAAUGGAAGUACGGAAUAAAUUCUGGAUUUCAAGAGGAAGACAGCUCGUAAAACGGGUGCUCCGAACCUGUACGGUAUGCAAGCGUUUCGAAGGAAGGCACGGUUGUGAGGUUACGCCUCCCCUGCCUCAGGACCGUAUCACGGAAGCAAGCCCCUUUUCUAACAUUGGGAUAGAUUUUGCAGGACCGCUGCUAGUAAAAGGACCGGAGAACCCGAUGAAGUCCUAUAUAGCAGUGUUCACAUGCGCCACAACGAGAGCAGUUCAUUUAGAACUGGUAACCAGCAUGAAGACCGACAGCUUCCUGCGUUGCUUCAGAAGGUUUGCUUCGCGAAGAGGUCUGUGCAACACUGUCUACAGCGACAACGCCCCCACGUUCAAACGAAGCAACAGAGAGCUGAAGAAGCUUUGGCACGUCAUCAAGGGCCAAGAAGUCGAAGACUAUCUCGCCUGCAGUGGCAUUAGUUGGAAGUUCAUCCCCGUCGCUGCUCCCUGGUGGGGUGGUUUCUACGAGCGCAUGAUACGAUCCAUCAAGCAAGCGAUCAGGAAAACGAUCGGAAGAAGGUUCCUUGAGUUCGACGAGGUGGCGACUAUACUUACGGAGGUGGAGGCGGUCAUAAAUUCGGGACCACUGACAUAUACUUACAGUGAGUUCAACGAGCCAACCCCUUUGUCACCUGCGUUGUUUCUAACAGGCCGACGGCUGACAGAUCUCUCUGAUGUAUGGAAGACCCGACAGGAGAUGUUACGAGAACUAUGGCUUGCCUCGAGAAAAGAGUACCUCGGCGAACUUCGAUCAGCGCAUCUGACAUCAUCCCGACGUGGGAAAGAGUUCGAGGUUGGCGAGAUAGUACUGGUGGGCAGCAAGAAGCCUCGACUGCUAUGGAAGAUGGGGCAAGUAGAGGCCAUAAACCGAGGAAACGAUGGCGGCGUUAGGUCCUGCACAGUCAGGACUACAAAGGGCCUCAUCAAAGGAAUAGCAACGAGGAACCUCUACCACUUGGAAGCACCGAGCAAGGUCGACAGCUGCGUCGUCCAUUGGUGGCCGGGGAAUGUUGAACAUUUCUAG